GCCCGCCGCGGCGCUCGGGUCCCCCCGGUGCCCGCCGCAGCCUUUCGGCCUCCUUUCGCCGCCUCAGCUCCCCCACCCCACCCCCACCCCGCCGCGCCCCGCCCGCGGACUCAGGGCCCCGGGCGAGCCCAGAUGUCCGAGGCGUCGGGAAAUCUCAACAGCCUCCGCAUGGCGAACGUGGCCCUGCGAGAAGAAUUAAAUGCCCUUCGCGGGGAGAAUGCCAAUCUGGGCCUUCAGCUCGGAAGGGCCCUGGCUGAGGUGAAUUCCUUGCGGGGCAAUGUCUCGAGCUAUAUUCGCUGGCCGGUGCCCGCUGUGCCCGUCCUUGCCGAGGAGAACUUGGAGUUCCCGCUCAGCGACGUGGACGCCGUGCCCGAGGGCGAGCUGCCCUUCCUGUGCUGGCCGGCCCCACGCCCCGAGCCGGAGUGCGCCUCGGACGAGCCGUUGCUCAGCGCCACCCAGGACCGCAACGCCGCCGACGGCCAGGUCGACCCGCCCCCGCCCCCGAUGCCCAGCCAGGCCCCGGGCCCGGCCCCGGCCCCGGCGGCGCUGCCCCCGCCCGCCCCCCGGGAGCUGCCCGCGCAGCCUGCUUCGCCGCAGCUGCAGCGGCCCGAGCUGGAGCCCUUUGCAGGCGACCCGGUGUACCUGCCUGAAUUCCUGAUGCGGCUAGAGACCUUCAUAGCCGACCAUGAGGACCACUUCCCCGGGGGCGCCGAGCGGGUGGCCUUUCUCAUCUCCUUUUUCACUGGUGACGCCAAGGACUGGGCCGUCUCAGUCACCCAGGAAGGAAGCCCCCUGCGUGCCAACUUGGCGCGCUUCCUGGAUGAGAUCCGUAAGAAAUUCUGUGGCCCCAUCCCCCCCAUUGUGGCGAAAAAGGCCAUCCGCAAGCUCAAGCAGGGGGACUGUACCCUGGGCAGCUAUGCAGACGCUUUCCAGUUCCUGGCCCAGUUCUUGUCUUGGGACGACUGCCGCCUCCAAAACCAGUUCCUCAAAGGGCUGUCCGAAUUCUUCCGCAAGGAGCUCUUAUGGUCGACUGAAAUGGCCGACCUGGACGAGCUGAUUCUCGAAUGUGUGGAGAUUGAAAGGAAAGUGCGAGUCCCCAAGCCAAUGCCGCUCCCUGGGGUUCGCAAUUCCUUCUUCCCAUUCGCUGCAGACCCUAAUCUCGAUGGCCACGAAGAAGAGGGGCGCCACAGUGAGGAUGAAGAUGCAGAGGUGCGCAGGCGCAGGCUUUACGAAAAGGAGCAGCGGAGGCGGGUGCGAGCUAUUCAGCAGGAGAUGAGGGAGCAGGAGCAGGAGGAGAAGAAGAAGGAGGAAGAGAUGAGGAGGAAGGAGAGGGAGGAGAUGAAACAGAAAGUGGAGGACGACGACGACGAGGACGAGAUCGUGGUGGUAGACGUUCUGGACGAUGAGGAGGAGGAGGAAGAGAUGCGCAAGAGGGAGGCUGAAUUCAGGGGCCCGGGACCGGCGCAGGAGCUGGAGCAGGAGCCCGAGCAGGAGGAAGAGACCGAGGACGAGGCCCAAGAUGAUGACCUAGAUGAGCUCAUGGACGUGCCACCAACCUUUGCCAACGCUUCAUCCCAGACUUCUGGCUACUACCAUGAAAAUUUCCUAGACGCGUCACCUCCCAUAAUACAGCCCAGCCGACGGAGGAACCAGAACCGGGUCCCCCUGCUGGAGGGCCUCCCAGGUACCAAUUCACCCUUCUACAGCUCCCCGCCGCAUAUUCGCCGUGCGGGCCGCUUGGGGCAACGUCACACUCGAAGACGGCCCCCCGUGCUAUUCCGCCUCACUCCGAGACAGGGGGGCCACCGGGCUUCACGUGGCCGAAUUCGCGUGUGAGUGCUGGGCCCACAUAGCCACCUAGAACACACCCUUCUACUGCGUCCCCUGCCCCUGCUAUUUGCUGCCACACCUGCCCCCUUUGCUGACCAGUACUAAAGGGCGUUGCAGGCCUGCAGAACCUGAAGGAGACCUGCACAACUCCAGACCAUCUUGCUGCCAUGAGCAGGGAGUGACAGGUGUCCAGCCAAGGCGCGUUCACAGUCCUGUUGACAUGCACUCUGCUCAGGUUUCUGGGCCUGCUCCCAUAAAUGAACUGGUCACCCCCUCACAUUUCUCCUCUAGUUGUGCCUAACCCUGUGUUCUACAGUUUUCUCCUCCAACUGGCUCACCAGGACUUUGCCCAGGGCCUUCCUGACCCGCCCUGGGGAGCAGAAGGGCAGACUGUACUGAACUCCUGAAGCCACUGAUGCCACUUCGUAGGUAAAACCGACAGACAGCAGGAUUUGCUUCAUGCCACACCUCCAGCAGAAGGGCCGUGAAGAGGACACUACAUCUAUCCGGUGACGGUGUACAAAGCCACAUGUCAAAUGGACAACUUGGCAAACUGGUUCUGCCUUUCCACAGACUACGGGACCAGGGUCCCCGGACUAGCUUGCUGAGUCUGGGGCCCCCUUGUCUUGGCACACUGCCUUCCCGGGCAUCCCCGGUGGGCAGAGCCCACAGUUACAGGCUUUACUCCUUUCCUUGACGUUGUCUGGAAGGUGGGGAGGAGGACAAAGAAACAGCAACCACUCUGCCAUGGUGAGCAGUGACUCUUUCCUUAGGGACAGUGGUCUCCUCCCCGGCCAGGCCUUAGACUGCAUCUUGGCAGGAGUCUUGCCAUCCUUGGGGAUCCAGAGGAGGCCUCAUUGGCUUUUCCCUCCCAGACUGCCAAAGAGAGGGCCCAGGCCUGCUCUGUAACUUCAAUGGGAAGGAUUCCUUAGUUCCCAAGGAGACAGGACGGUUCUCUCUAUAGACUGCACCCUCUGCAGCCUCGCAGUUGGGACGUCCUCACGUCUCUUACAUGGGGGUCAAGCCAUGGCCUGGUGCUGGGCAUCCAUUAGAUAUGAGGCGUGAAAAGAUGACUGCCUCCUAGUGACUCCUGGGACUUCUGGGUACAAACCUAGGGACGCUAACAGAGCCCUACUGCUUGCCUUUGGUCCAGAAAACACUGCUUCUGCAGUGCAAAGUCCACGCUAUGUCACUCUGGUCACAGAAUGCCAGCCAAAUCCACUGCUGGCCUGCACUGCCCUCGACACUGAGCUUCCUGCAUGGUGCCCGGCAGCUGGCCAAGUGCGGCCAAAGUGUCUGGCCAUAGGGAAGAAAGCCUCUAUCCCUCACCUGAGUCUGACAGGUAACCUCAGCCCAGCCUUAGGAUUUUGAGCCUGGAAGCAAGACGAAGGAGCUGGAGGAAGAGGAGUCACAUAAACUGGUUUCUGGCGAGGUCUGUGCAUCAGUGGAAGCUAUUUCUUCAGGAGAGAGUUCCAGAAGGGGAACUGCUGUUCUUUGAGGCUGUGGACCCUGUUUGCUGACGGUUGACAUGCUUGUUCUGCUGCUCGUGUCCCUGCCAGAGAAGUGCAAAGGACAGGAGCCUUGCACCCCCAUCUCCAGGGACCUGUCAGCACACGCCCUGCCUGUUCCCUGGCGCUUGUCACCCUGAGACCUGUAGCCUCAGCCUGGGCAAGACUGGGUGAGCAGUGAGCUGGUUCCUGGCCCUCGGGUGGCAAGGGGGCCUGGGCUUCCCUUUGACCCUCUCCCUCCUUUCCCAGAUCUUCUGUACUUGUGACGUAACAGCCACAAGAGCUGUAAGAGGAACUAUGGGCUCUGGGUGCUUUCUUGGGUUGAAAGAGGGGUGGGAGGAUGCAUGCAGGGGUAUGAAGGCAGCCCAAGGAUUCCCAGAGACUCGGAGGGAAACCUGUUGGAAUGAAUUUGUUAUUGUUACUGUGUUAUUGUGUUGUGAAGAUAAAUCUUUCUGUAUGCUAAAGCUUUCUCCUCAAUAAAAAUAUAAAGGGUGUGUAACGACUGUGUCUGUCUG